GUUUCUGUUAUAACUUAUUCCGUACCCCGUCGGCCGGUAUCGUGUGGCGUCCAGACUCCAAUUCUUUCCUGUGCAGUGAACUGUGUCAACUUUCCAACCACUCCCUUGCAUUACACACUACUAUUUCUCCUUCACUUUUUAUUUUUUGUUUGUGGACGGAACAUUGUCGAUAUGAAUCCAGCUCGGUCUAGUGCGCUCCACCAGCGGAAUCGACUCCUAUUGCGGACGACAGUACAAACAUUCAAUUCCUCGCUUGCCGUAGAAAGCAUUGCACGCAGCGAUCCUGCCGAAUUCGCUACAAUCAAUCAAUUCGAGACCUCACAAAUGUUCCCGGAACCGAUCUCCCCGAUAAAGCAACAUGAAAAACUCGUGCAGUCUGGGGUACUUCGAAGUGACGAUCAUCAGAUUCGUAUCGUCGGCAAACUUCAGCGUUUCUGGGAGCAGGUACUCAAGUACAACCCCCCACCUAUACCUGAUGCGAGGACAAGUGAUUCAUUGAUAUCUCGUUUGUUUUCUCGUGCACCUCCAGAACCAGGAACGGCGCCUGCAUCGGCACCAAAAGGUCUUUACCUUUAUGGCGACGUUGGCACAGGAAAGACAAUGCUUAUGGACCUCUUUUACCAAACACUGCCCCCUUCUAUCACACGCAAGCGUCGUGUGCACUUCCACGCCUUCAUGAUCGAUGCACAUAAACGCAUACACGCUACUAAAUUGCUCAUGGGACACUCUGGUGGCGAUCCCAUUGGUCCUGUUGCGCGGGACCUGGCAAAGGAGGCGUAUGUGCUAUGCUUUGAUGAAUUUCAGGUUACGGAUAUCGCGGACGCCAUGAUUCUGAGGCGUUUAUUGGAAGGAUUGAUGAAUCAUGGUGUAGUUUGUGUAAUCACAUCCAAUCGACACCCAGACGAUCUUUACAAGAAUGGAAUUCAACGCUCAAGCUUUAUACCCGCCAUAGAGCUUCUCAAAUCGCGCUUUGAAGUGACGGACUUAGACUCAGGAACUGACUACAGACGGAUACCACGCGCCCUCUCCCACGUAUACUAUCAUCCACUAACACCAGAGAAUAAAGCCGAGAUAGACAAAAUCUUUAAUUCACUGACAUGUCCAACUCCUACCGCUGCGCUUCAAGAUCCUGUUAUUGAGAAUCGCCCAAUAACGACGUGGGGCCGCACGCUUCGCGUUCCGCUUUCGACGUCAAAGGUCGCGCGAUUCUCAUUCGAGGAAAUUUGCGGCCGUCCGUUGAGUGCCGCUGAUUACUUGGAGGUGACGAAGCAGUUUGGUACUCUGUUUAUCACAGACGUGCCGAAAAUGGGGAUGGACAGGAAGGAUAUGGCAAGGCGAUUUAUCACAUUCAUAGACGCAUGCUACGAAUCCAAGACAAGGAUUUUUGUAUCGUCAGAAGUACCCAUAUACCAGAUCUUUUCGGAUGAUUCGGCGGGCUCAGGGAACGGCAUCUCAGAUCACAUGCGGAGUGUGAUGGAUGAUCUGGGCCUAUCUCCGGAAGUUGUGGGCUCAAGCUCGAUGUUCUCAGGCGACGAGGAAAUAUUUGCGUUUGCGCGGGCUUGCUCGCGGCUGGUGCAGAUGGGGAGCAGAGAAUGGGCAGAGACAGCUUCUCAAUAACAAGGACACGUAGAUGCCUACGCGCUCCCUGGUACAUAAGUAUUAUAUAUAUUGCUGAUUUUUCUUCUAUAUGCAAACUCAUUCUAAUAUCUCCAUCUGCAAAUCCACUUGUUUACAUCGUCACUGCUUUCUUGCACCGAUAUGUUAAGUUCGUAAACCAAUAUCCACACUAUCUCCUUCAGCGGUUAGUGAUUUAUGUCCUGUCAUUGUUGUGCAA